AAUCGUGCACCGUUCAGCUCGGGACUUGUGAUUCGCUGGUCGGUUGACCAAAAUCUAAGAAAAGAAUUCUUGAUAUACAUAUAUAAAUACAUAUACACAAACGUAUGUACAUGCGGUUGUGCGUACGGUCGCAAAAUCUAAGGAGCGCCAAGUGACGGUCAACACUGAAGAACGGGUGUGUAAACGCAUGCGUCAAUCGAAUUUAGUUAGGUCAAAUUUCAAUCUUUAAAUACAUGUACAUACAUACGUACAUAACUGUGUUGAAAAGAGUGAAUUGUAAUCAAGUUCUGUGGAAAGCUUCCUGUUAGUGGUCAAUGAUUGACUGUUUGUUGCGGGGUUCUGAAGUAAAGUUAACGAUUUGCGCCAACACAUUCUUCUCAUAUUCAAUAUAGCCAUAAAAGUGCGGAACUAUCACGGAAGAAAUACACAAUCAACCCUUAAAUAGUGCAGCCGAGAACUUAAUAGUGAGUGCUUAAUUCAGUGCAACAAUCAGUUUGAUUUGAUUCCUGUUCCCGUCGUACAACUUAAAACUUAAUACAAGUGUGUGUGUAUGUAAUGGCGUUUUUGCGUUCCAUUUGUGCUCAACGUGCCACAUCAAAUUUGGUUUAUAGUCGCAAUAAAAGUAAUAGGAGCGCAACAUCUGUGUGGAGAUCGAGUGGUGAGGCAACCGCCACAGCAUCUAUAUCGACAUCGGCAUCGUUAGGAUCAACGAACCAGCAGGAGGUACGUCAUGUAAGUAAUCGUAAAGCAGACGAUCUCAAAUACUCAGCGGUAACACAGAGUCAGUUAAGUCGACGACAGCAGCAGCAACGUCAGCUUCUCAGCAGCAUUCUCUUCUCACCUGCCUACAACUCACGGCAUACACUAUUCACGAAAGGUCAGCUUGAUCGAUCUGUAGUUGCUGCUCGGCAAGAGGCUGAGCCUGAAGUAAAACGACCCCGAUCUCAUAAGCCCCCACAACAACAACCAAAUGUUCCUGCUAAUCCCCAACGUGAUCCCUUGGAUGUCAGUUUCAAUGAUCCAGUCGCGGCAUUCAAGAGCAAAACAACAUGGGAGCUGAUACGCGCUUACUUGGUAUACACCGUUUGUUCCAUUGAACCUGUAGUGGAGAACAAUCUCAAGCUAAUGAAGAUCGCCAAUACAUUGCUCGGCGACAAAUUGUUUACCAUGCUGAUGAAGGGUACGUUCUACGGUCAUUUUGUAGCUGGCGAAGAUCAAGUCAAAAUCAUCCCAACACUAGAAAGGUUGCGCUCGUUUGGCGUGAAACCGAUUCUCGAUUACUCUGUGGAGGAGGAUCUCUCUCAGGAAGAGGCUGAGAAACGUGAAGUUGAAUCUUCAGUUUCUAGCGCUGGCGAUGUCAAGGAUGAUGGUACGAUAGCGCAAUAUCAUGUGGAGAAGUCCUUCGCCGACCGUCGUUACAAAGUGAGCAGUGCUCGAACUUACUUCUACUUGAAUGAAGCUACUUGCGAGCGUAACAUGGAGAUUUUCAUAAAAUGCUUGGAGGCCGUCUCAGGCGCCACUUUUGGUACUGGUAUUACGGCAAUUAAGCUUACGGCGCUUGGACGGCCACAGCUUUUGCUACAAGUUUCGGAAGUGAUAAUGCGUACUCGCAAAUACAUGGAGGACCUAGUCGGUGGUCAGGGUAAUGUACUGACUCAUCACAAAACGAUUAAAGAUCUGGAAAAGUACUAUUCCAGUUUGGGUGACAAUAAAAAUGUGCAGGAUUUCUUGAAAAAUGUUACUUCUGACAAGGAAGGUAUACUCCACUUAUUCCCCUGGUCUGGCAUUGUCGAUGAGGACUCGCAGUUGAGUGACACAUUCCGUGUUCCAGACCCACAGACCGGACAAAUGCGUCGACUGAUCUCACAGAUUCCGCCCAAAGAAGAGGAAAUGUUCAGGAAUAUGAUUCGCCGUGUCAAUACAAUUGUUAAAGCCGCUGCGGAUCUGGACGUGCGCAUAAUGAUCGACGCUGAACAGACAUAUUUCCAACCUGCCAUUUCGCGCAUCACUCUGGAAAUGAUGCGAAAGUACAACAAAGAGAAGGCCAUCGUAUUCAACACAUAUCAGUGUUACUUACGAGAAACUUUCGGAGAGGUGUGCACUGAUCUGGAACAAGCAAAACGUCAGAACUUCUAUUUUGGCGCCAAAUUAGUGCGAGGUGCCUAUAUGGAACAGGAGCGAGAGCGCGCGGCUAGCAUGGACUAUCCGGAUCCAAUCUGCGCCAAUUAUGAAGCCACCACUGAUAUGUACCACAAAACAUUGACUGAAUGCCUGCGAAGAAUAAAAUUAUUGAAAGACUCCGGUGAGGACGCUAAGAAGAUUGGAAUUAUGGUGGCAUCACACAACGAGGACACAGUGCGUUUUGCUAUCGAAAGAAUGAAGGAAAUUGGAAUCUCACCCGAGGAUAAAGUCAUCUGCUUUGGUCAAUUAUUAGGAAUGUGCGAUUAUAUCACCUUCCCACUAGGUCAAGCCGGCUACUCAGCGUACAAGUACAUCCCCUAUGGACCAGUCAAUGAAGUUUUGCCAUAUUUGUCUCGGCGAGCACAGGAAAAUAAAGGUGUGUUGAAGAAAAUUCAAAAGGAAAAACGCUUGCUACUUUCCGAAAUCCGUCGUCGAUUUUUGACUGGCAAAAUGUUCUACAAGCCUAAGGGCAACUAUGUGCCCAUAUAAACUUGCCCCACUUAAAAGGUCCAUCACACAAAUCGAAAACCAACUUACAUACACACACAUACAUACGUUGAGCAUACAGAGAGAACACAAAGGUGAAAUCAACAAGGUAGAGGACUUGGGAAUCACCAAUUGCCGAACACAGAUGCAAUAAAACAUUGCUGAAAAAUCAAAAUGUGUAAGAUUUUAUUUAUACAAAUAAAUCCUUAACCGAAACACACAACAAAUUGAUAUUACGAAAUAUUUGUAUCUAUAAUAAAUGUGAAGCCACUGAUAUAAAAUGAAAAAUGUUAAACAUUAGACUUACAUACCUAAAAACUGUAUCUAAUUUUCGAGAACAACAACAACAUCACAUUUGAGGACUGCUACUGUCUACUUAACGAUGCAUUGGCACACGUAUACUCGGACAUACGUGUAUGUAUGUACAUAUGUAAGAGCUGAAGUCACACGCAAACAUUGUGGACUCACUGAAAAGAAAAGACACAGUUGGGUGCAUGCAUGUGUGUACGAACUGCGGAAGCAUAAUCCUCGAACGCUGCUCGAAAAUUCAAAAAUCUCGUCACUAUUUUACUUUAAGUUGAUCGAUCUAGUUCGUGUUUUACUUAUAAGUCUUAUUUUGUGGUGGCGCGUUUUAUCCUUAAGAAACUAUGCUAACGUAUGCAACAUACCUCUUAGCGCUGCAAGUGCUGCUCGUAUUAGUUUUAUUAUUUUAAUUAUGUAAGCACGAUAGAUCUAAGCACCUCCCUCUCCACAUGUACUAUUCGAAAUGUUUCAGUGCUAAAAUAUAUUUUUAUCAAUAUCUAGUGGAAUCGAAUGUAAAUUAACUCAAUGUAAACAUAUAGAAUUUUAUUUCGGGAGAGUCUUUUAGAUCAUUGAAUGCACCUACGCAUACAUACAGAUAUUUAGUAUAAUUUUGGUAGCUUAUUAUUUAGUUUUGUUUGGCGCCUAAAUAUAUGCUUUAUGACUAUAUUCAAGUAUUAUAAUAAAUAAUAAACAAGUGAUUGUAAUGCCCAAAAAAAAGUUCAUGCGCUCCGCAAGCUUCAGUUUUAUUGAUCGCCAUUCUGUUCGCUAAAUAUUUAUUUUCAGCCAGUAAAAAAACGAAAGCAAAAGCAAAAUCGACCGCCGCACUUUGCAUUCACUAUAUAUAAUGUAGUAAAUGUUGACUUUUUCGAUAUUGAAAUGACAAUAAUAAACUGUUAAAGUGGACUAAGCAUCGUUAGGAGCACAUUUACAAGAAUAUAUGGACAUACUUUAAUAAACAAAAUGUGUAAUUUUAAAAAAUAACGAAUUUUCGAAGCAGCCGUGCCGGAUUAAAUUUCAAUUAUUGUCUAUACCCCAAUAUUUACCAUAUUUACCCAAAGAAAAUAAAUGUUGAUUACGAAACUUAAAUCUACUAUGCUAUAUUGUAAUUGUAAAUGUAAUGGACUUUUUUUAGUUUUAGUCAGCUUCAAUUAGUGUUUCUAAAAUAUGUGCAUAUUAAAAAUAUAACUAUAAACCAGAAAGGAUGCUAGAAGUUGCUCGAGAACUAAUACUGAAAAACUGUAAACAGUUACUAAUGCUUAUUCGAAUAAGGGGAUUCAAAACAGUUAGCAAGUUAAGCGUUAAUGGUAAACUGUUCGUAUACAUAUGUAUUUAUUAAAUUCCAUUAUACAAGAAAAAUUCCUUUAUUUCAGUGUUGAAUAAAAUAAAAAAUAAAUAAAAUAAAAAAAUAAUAAAAUUACA